GAGAGAGAGAGGGAGAGAAGUAGAGAGAACUGGAGUGUGUUUUGAAGUGAAGAGUUCUCAUUUUGCUGCCAAAAGUUGAGACUUUUGCCCUCUUUAGAAAUCCAAAGAGCUCUCUCCUCAGAUUCCCCGUGUCCGGUAGCCCACAUAAACGUGCUCUGGUCUUCAUGGAUGUCCCUCCAUGCCUUCUCUUUCUCUCUCACUCUCUUUAGAAGGUUGUCGUUUUCUUCUGUUUUAGUCAAGUCUCACACCAAACCAUUUUGGUCACUGUCAAAGACUAGCCUAUUUAUGCCUUUGCCCUUCUUCUUCUUCUUCUUCUUCCUCAUCAUUUAGCUUCCAGAUAAUCCCAAGUUCCCACCUUUGAAUUCAGAUUGUGAAAGUGGGUUACUGGGUUUGGGGCCUUUUGACCUUCUGGGUUGUGCUUUCAGCUCCAGAAGAGCAUUCACUGAAGGAAACACAGCUUGAAGCUUUCGGGGUUUUGGAUGCUGAAUUUGACAUUUUAACUUGGGAAUCGGCUUGUUAUGUCUUUUGAGGGUUACAAGCAGUACUGGAGCAUAGGGAAAUCUGAGUUCACUUUCUGAAGUGUUGGGAUUCAUGGGAACAAUGGCUACGCCCAUCCCUCGUGUUGCAUCUAAUUUUGAUGAGGUUUCUAUGCAUCAGAGCUUGCUCUUCUCUGAUAGUCUCAAGGAUUUGAAGAAUUUGAGAUCACAAUUAUACUCAGCAGCAGAGUACUUUGAACUUUCUUAUACAAAUGAUGACCAAAAGCAUAUAGUGGUAGAAACAUUGAAAGAUUAUGCCAUUAAAGCUCUUGUGAAUACAGUGGACCAUUUGGGUUCUGUGACAUAUAAGGUCAAUGACCUCUUGGAUGAAAAAGUGGAUGAAGUUUCUGGCACAGAAUUUCGGGUUUCUUGCAUUGAACAGAGGCUGAGGACAUGUCAAGAAUAUAUUGAUCAUGAGGGUCUUUCCCAACAGUCAUCAGUGAUAGAUACUCCCAAAUACCACAAGCGGUACAUCUUGCCAGUUGGUGAGACCAUGCGUGGAGCCAACAAAGCUAAAUCUAAAUACAAAGGAUGCAACUUAGAUGAUGAAGAUGAAUGGCAUCAAUUUCGGAAUGCUGUUCGUGCUACAAUUAGAGAAACCCCACCAACUACAGUCAGUAGAGGGCGGUCUUCAUCUCCACAACCUCAAAGACCUGCAGUUUUUUCAUUUACAUCUACCAUGCCCAAGAAAGAAUUAGAUAAGCGAACAGUUUCACCUCAUCGGUUUCCGCUUUUACGGUCUGGAUCUCUUGCAAGUAGGCCGACAACUCCAAGCAAAAGUCAGUCAACUACCCCAAACUCAAGUAGACCGACGACUCCAAAUCUUUCUAAUGCAAGACGGCGGUACCCUUCAGAGCCUCGAAAAUCAGCUUCAAUGCGGCUACCGGCUGAAAGAGAUCAUGGCAGAGAGGUUGAACAAUACCCCAGCAAAAGUAAACGCCUCCUCAAAGCCUUGCUUAGCCGGCGCAAGUCAAAGAAAGAUGACAUGUUAUACACUUAUUUGGAUGAAUACUGAGAGAAUGGUCAAUGGAAGCAGAAAAUUACUGCAUAAUUUGCUUUCAGCUGUGCCUUUUGCUUAAUACAGAUGUAUUGCCUUUUCUUUUCAAAGUUUGCUGCUUUUUAUAGAGAAAUGUAUGUACCGACUUUUUAUAAACAUCAUAUAUCAAUUGUUAUAUAGUACCAUUUCAGAA